UUACGCAGCUUUGCGGUGAUAUUCUAUAUAUGUAUAUGUAUAUAUAUUCUAUAUAUAUGCAAUAGAAAUGUAUUUGGAAAUCUCGAACCAGACGCUCGUCUGCGCGAGGUUCUUCGCGAGAAACGAUUUCGAAUUCGAAUAUAUUUUCAAUUCGAUGAGUGAAGAAACAAAUGUAGAUGUAUCUUAUUUGAAUUGUGAUAUAAAUGGCACAAAAUAUAUUUACAAAAUUGCGCCAUAUCCAAUGGACAUGAUAAAAGAUACAUUUAGCGAAGAGCAAAAUACAGAUGAUAUCGUGAAGGAAACUAAGCUAGAAAACGAAGAGGAAUCAAUUUCUUUGGUUUAUUUAAAUGGACAAGUGUAUGCAUUUCAAAAUGGAGAACUUCAACAAUUAGACCCAAAUCAUAUUGUGGAACAGAGCAAUUUUCAUGAAAAAGCAUUCUUAGUAUCAAAGGAUGUAGAAAAUUGUGAGAAUGAGUAUAUCGCUAAUGGAAAUAUAGUAGUUAAAAAUACAUAUGAACAGUCAGAGGAACAAUAUGAUGAAGUUGAUACAGAGGAAGCAGAGAAAAAUCUUGUUAUAGAAGAUGAUAAUGUUAAUGUUGAUGAUUUUGUAGAAAUUGUCACUGCUUUCAAAUGCAAGAUAUGCGCUUAUAUAACUCAAAAUAAAAUUCAAUUAUUAGGCCAUAUUCAAAAAAUACAUCUAAAUUCAAAUAUAGAUAUUGAGCCAAAGGAAGAGUCUAAAAAUAUGGGUGAAGUAAGAAUAGUUUAUAUGUGUGCGGAAUGUUCUAAUUGUUUUCCUUCUUUUGAGGACUGUAGAGAACACAUGAUUAAUGAUCAUCAAUUGACAGAUAUUGGAAGUGAUGAGGCAGGAAAGGAAAAUUUGACCGAUCUAACAAAUCCUGAUUUAAUAACCGAACAUGUAGACCAACAUAUCGAAAAUAAUGAAGUAGAACAUUCAGUAAAAAUCCCAAAAACUUUAAGCUCAGAAUAUAUGCGUAAUAAGAAAAUGAUAGCAUUAACUGAAAGAAACGUUAAGUGUUCGUAUCAAAGUUGCCCAUAUAAAUUCGUCUCAGAAGAAAUUAUGCAGCAACAUAUUCUAUGUCACACAGAAUCUGAAACUGGGGCAAAAUUCAAAUGCAGUGUAUGUCGAGAUAUGAAAUUUACAAAGUGGCGCCAAUGUAGUUUACAUUUGUGGAAAAAGCAUCAAAUUGAUAUAGGUCUAUUUACUUGCAAGAUAUGUGAAGCUUAUAAAAGUGCUACCAUGGUGAAGCUUUUAACACACAUGAGAGUGCACAGCGAUACUCGUGAUUACAAGUGUCCAGAUUGUGGGAAAUGUUUCAAGCAAGCUAGUCAAUUGCGCAAUCAUCGUGUAAUGCAUUUGGAUCGCAAAACCUUAGAAGUAACUCGAUGGUACACUUCUAAGAAAUGUGAUAUGUGUGGCAAAACCUAUGCCAAUUCGAAAUGUUUGAAGAAUCACAUUCAAGCCGUGCACUCAAAGCUACGUCCGUAUGUUUGUAAUGUUUGCGGUCACUCUAGCGCCAGGAAAGCCAUGUUGCAAAUGCAUUUACGUCAGCACACAGGAGACAAACCUUUCAGAUGCGAGAUUUGUGAAUAUAGAACUGGAGACCAUAACUCUUUACGACGACAUAUUAUGCAACAUACAGGAUUUCGACCGUAUAAAUGUCCACAUUGUUCAUAUACUGCAAUACAAAGUAGUAGUUAUAAAAAUCAUUUAAAAUCGAGGCAUCCUCUACUAUCUGGCUUAUUUACAUGCGACUUGUGUCCUUAAACAGUAAAAAAUGAAAGCUAUAUUCAACAUAUAAAAGAUCACGAAAAGGGUUUAAUAAAAUCUAAUGUGCAGAAAAAAGAUAACGAGAAUGUAGAAGUCUUUCCUGGUAACAUCGCGGCAGCCCAAUUAGUUUAUAGCUGCCUGGGUGCCUUUUCGAAAGACGGAGAUACAUUAGAAGCUAAUUUGAUGUCUUCCUCAACAUCUGCUGAUGGUACUUCACAAACAAUUACAAUACAAAUACCAUCGAAACAUCUCGAAGGUUCAUUAUCAACAAGAGAAAGUUUAAACAAAACUGAUUCUACGAUCGAGCAAGAGGAUGACGAAACGAUGCAUUGCUUCUUAAAAAUUCCUAGGGAAGAAGAAGAAAACAUAGACACUGGUGGUAUAACAAUACCUGCAGAACCUGAGGAAAGAAGUGUGAGAAGCAUCGAUAUUGAAGAUACCAUGACAACUAGUGAUAUUGAAGAAACAAAUGUGACAACUAUAGAUAUUGAUGCGUGAAAUUAUGCAAUAAUAAAUUAAUAAUUUAUGUCAAAAAUUAAUAAAAUGAUCUCCAUAACUAUUGUUUUCUUGCUAAUAUCAAA